AUGGAAUCAUGCCGCGCUUCAGAACAAAAUUUGAUGCAAGAUUUUAUGACAAAACUUAUUGAAUUCAUCUCCCAAACCCACAGCUGUUCCCCUCUAUUUGCAGCUUCUUCUAAUUCCUUUACAAAAUCAUACAGUCCAAAGCCUUCAUCAAUCCAUGACAGUAUUCGAGUCCUCUGGGAAAACCAGCAAACUCCUCAUAAAGAAUUUGAAAUUGACCUUUUGGAGUGCAUUGAAGGUUGCCAUCCGCUUCUGUUAGAAAGAUGAAAAUUUCAUAUCAUCCCCAAAAGGCUUGCUGCUGAUUUCUCCAAAAAUCUGACUGAAACGCCGAAAAUUGCUGGAAUCCGAGCCCUAAUGGCUGCUAGUUUAUUGCUGCCAGCUUCAGAAAUUAGAAAUUCUUCAAUAUCUUUGAUAAUUAGAACAGCCUCUCAAGAGGGAAUCAGCUGAGAUCCAUCAAUUCUCCCUCGAGACAUCCAAUAUUUUCCAUCAAUCCCAUUCAAAUUUGAAACAGCUUUCAAUAUAUUAUCAGUCAGAAUAGAGUACACCACAAAAAACAUCAAACCAAGGAUCAUUUCUCAAACCUUAGGAAUUCGGCCAAGGUUAACAUCAGUCGACGGAGGCGAUUUUGAGCUUAAAGAUGUUUUUAAACACCAAACAAAGAGCCAAAUUUCGCUAUUAAGCACAGAUGCCUCGCCUGAAACACCUCGCCUUCGGUCAAGGAGCAGAAUGCUGUCUCUGAUUGAGUCAGAGAGCUUUUACGAAGAAAGUGAGGUCGGCUUUAAGCUGAUUUACAGCGAUUUGUGCACUGAUGAUUACGAUCCAAGUUCUGAUGAAGAAAAUGACACAUUUGCUGAAGGGUUUUUUGAGAACCCUUUUGGGUCAUUAGAAUCUUCUAAUGACACUAGGAUUUCUUUGUAUAGGAAACAAUGCGACAAAAUAAGAGAAGUCAACCUGUUUAAAGGUAGCUCAAAUUCAAUAUCCCAGGUGAGAGAAAUUCUCACUUACUGGGCUAAUAGGAAAACUUGUUAA